ACCACAUAUACUUGAAAAACAAUGGUUAGAAAAAGAUUUUCUUCAAUAUAAAGAUUUUCUUGCACAAUGUAUACGUAUUAAUGAAUGGAAUAUUCUUGGUAUGACAAUAAAACAAAAAAAUGGUGAAUGGAGAAUUGAUUUAUUUAAUUCAAUUAAUCUUAAAAGAAUAUAUCGAAGUUGUUCAUUAGAUCAAAAUAUACCUGGAAUGAGAAAUUGUUUACUUAUGUCUUAUAAUCGUUUAUGGAUUGUUAUUAAUAAUUGUUCAAUAUCUGAACAAGUUAUUUUACUUGAUGAAAAUGCUCGAAUUAAAACAAAAACACAUAUUGAUAAAACAUAUGGAUGUUUUAAUCUUUGUUUGAUUGGUAAUGAAUGGAUUGUAAUGAAUUUAAAAGAUAAAUUACGACUUUAUAAGAUUCAAUAA